AUCUUGCCUUCGAGCUACUAGCUGAGCUCACACCUGCCAUGCUCUCGCUGGCCUCUCGCUCUCUUCCAGCGGGCUCAGCGUUGGCCAGUGCUUCUCGAAAUGGUACAGUCCAAUCGGUGCAAGUUCGUGGAUACGCAGCACCGAAAGGCCCAGCGAAAAUCCAAAAGCAAGGUUUCGUGAAUAAGGGCAAGAAAAAGAAGUUUAUACAGACGGUUGACCCGAACAAGAUGAAACGGAUACCUGCUUUCAAACCAUUGACUGCAAACCAGUUGAAGAGCGAAAUAUUCCACGAGGACGUCAAGACAGAGCUACAACUGCCAGUAUUCCGACCCGAUGCUCUUACUGAAAGCAAUGCCCUAGCCAAAGUCAUGGAAUUCCCAACUCAAAGCAAUCUUAUCAACAGGUUCGGUGUCCCCAAGAAUCUGAACAUCGAGUACCGUAUUUUAUCAAAAUCAUGUGCUGUCGUCCGUGACAUCACUUUGACUGCUCUCGACAAAUUGGACGCGGCUAGUGCAUCCUCAAGUAAAGACAACCGUGUCGUCCUUACCGGUUCAUCUGGAUGUGGAAAGAGUGUUGUGCUUUUGCAGGCUGCAGAGUAUUGCGCAGGAAGGGGUUGGAUCGUGAUGUAUGUUCCACGAGUGCACCAUACGGUUGAUUCGUCAACUGCAUACAUUUAUGACUCUCGCACACGGACGUACCUCCAGCCCAGAUUUUCCUGGCAAGUGUUGCGUCGUUUCCUUGACGUCAACACUACACUAUUACAGGACCUCAAAACCACCAAGGAGUUUCCGGUCGAGCGAAAAGCGCCUGUGCAAGCUGGCUCACCUCUGACCGAUCUCAUCAAUGUGGGACUCCAGGAUGGAUCGCUUGCGCCAAGUGUACUGUCCUCGCUCAUGACAGAGUUGUCUCGUCAGAAGACGUACCCCGUGUUGCUCGCAUUGGACAAUUUCCAAGCACUCUAUACUCGUACGACUCGGUACCGUGAUCCCAAAUUCGAAGCUAUCAAACCAUAUCACCUCUCCGUUCCUCGGCUUUUCCUCGAGUACGCCAGCGGAAAGAAGACUUUUGCUCGCGGAGCAGUCGUGGGUGCACUCUCAGAAGGUCGUGCGGAUUUCGUGACCCCACUCGAACUAUGUGAAGCCCUUGGAUUGCCCUUCCCCAGACCGGCCGGUCCAUACGUCCGUCGUGUUCCGGAAAUAGUGGACUAUAGCCAGGGAUUGCAGAAGUUGGCUGUACCAGAGAAGUUGAGCAUUGACGAGGCAGCUUCGUUGUUUGAUGUAUGGAAUACCGAUAAGGCACUUCAUUCUCUACCGGACGAUGAUCUGUUCAUGUCGAAGUAUAGCGAGGCGUCUGGCAAUGCUAGGGCGUUCGUCUGGAAGGGGCUUUUGGCUACAUUGACUUCAUGAUAUCUAGAAGUCUGCACACAUGUUCUACUUAGACCUACUUACUAUAAGCUCAUAUAUUGCACACCCUGCUCAACCAUUCCUAUAGAUCCAAUGAUGCUCAAAACCAAGGUAAGUACGCAGUAAGCUCAUUCGGCUUAUGACAACACGAGAUCAUCUACAGUACAUAUGUAUGCCAUCCAAAGAAAGAAAAGACAAUGGACUUA